CGCGUACCGGACCCGGUUUAGGCGCUUGUGUGCAUGCGCCCACCCCAUUCAUCAUACUCUCACAUCGUCAUCCGAUUUAGUCGACGUGUAAAACUCCUAGAGCGAAAAAUAAAGUUCGAAGUGUUGCCUCCAACUUACGUACCGGCAGGAUGACAGAGAAUGCGAUGGAAGAGGCUCUCCUGGUGAAAGCGGCGGAGGGAAACUUUGCUCGCGUUCGCAUGUCGAUCCGUCAGGGCACGGACGCUCAUUAUCAGGACAGAAACGGAUGGACGGCGCUGAUGCGCGCGGCGAAUAACGGACACGUCGGCGUGUGUCAGCUUCUGCUUCAAUGCGGGUGUCUGUCAGAGAUGAGGAACUCGUGGGGCGACACGGCGCUGCACCGCGCCAGCUAUUGGGGUCAUCGCGAGGUGGUGCGACUGUUGGUGCAUUCCGGGGCGAACGUGAACGCUCAGAAUCAGUAUGGGAAUACACCGAGUCACGAUGCGUCGACUCGUGGUCAUGUGACGGUGAUGGAGGAGUUGUUUGAUUAUGGUGCUGAUUAUCGAAUUGUUAAUGGUCAGGAACGGAGUGUGCUGGAACAGGCGAGAUAUUAUGAGCAAAAGGAGGCGGUGGACUUUGCUGAAUUGAUUUUAUCAGGAGAACGGAAGCGUAACCCCAUCAUCCCCGCCCUCAAUCUGGUACAGAAGUCGGAUCUGAUUGCGGGCGAUGUGCAGGAUCUUGUGCAGGACCUGCUGCAGAAGAUUGAGCAAAUGUCGAAUGAGAGGGAUGAGAUUUUGUUGGCACAUCGGACCGAGGUCGAGGACUUGACGAGGGAUAAAAACGCUCUUACGAGACGGAUUCUCUCGAAUCCUGAACAACGAACACCUCUGGCUAAACGGAAUGAACGACUGCAUGACGAUGUUCAGUUCUUACGGCGUCAGCUAGAGGAGAAGAACAAAACCCUAAGCCAACUUGCACAGAGAAGCUCGACACUAAGGCAGCGUGGUCAGCAACUUUUCCAAGAGAAUAAUAGAUAUCAACAACGGUUAGAGCUUCAGACGAAAGAGAUGGACCAACUUCGACAACAAAUUCAGGAUCUUCAGCAGCGGAGAAAGCGUCAAGGGAUGCAGUUAGAGCAACUACGACGAAGCAAUGAACAACUAACGAAAGACAAUCUGCAACUUAAUCACCACACAGGGAAACUUAUGCAAGAAAACAGUCGCUUGUUGAGAUUCGAGGAGGAGACGAAAGCAUUUCAAAGGACAAAAAUUGAGAACGAAGAACUCACACUAUUGACUCGCCAGCUACGUCACCAACUAGAUCGAAUUAGUACCGAGUCGCUAAGAUUGCGAAAACGCAAUGAAGAUCUGCAAUUUCAAAUCCAACAAUACGCUGCCGAUGCAGCAAAUGUAAAGUGUUUUCUACUGCCGGUUGGAGGGCAAAUAGAGAAUCAUAUGAAACGAAAAGAGUUUACAGCAUGGGGCAACAGCAGAGUGACGAAAUGGACUCUGAUUGGUGAAAACUACCUUGCGCAAGAAGUCCCAAGUCGGUCUCUAGUCCCAAGUAUGAGAAAUCGUCACGUGCGCAAUCGCGGUAGGAGGGUCCGCACGGUCCCCAAUGAUCAUGAAGAGAUCCGUCGCAAGAUCAACGACGUUAACCGAACCGACGAGCACGGAAAUACUGCUCUCUGGUUUGCCGUCGAGCUUACAGACAGAGACUUGAGUGAGACUCUGCUGUGUAAGGGAGCAGACCCCAACACACGGAAUAGAAACGGUGAUACGGUGUGUCACCUGGCGGCUCGAAUCGAAAGGUUCGACAUUCUUGAAUUGCUUGUCAAGUACAAGGCUGACUUGAGCAUCAGGAACAACGACGGACACGAUGUCUUGACAGUGGCUGUGAUGUUCGGUAGAACGACGACGGGAAAGGAAACUGAGUUUGUGACUAAAGUUCGGUCGCUUGAAAGAGGACAAUGCAAAGACAGACAGUUUGUAGCGGCGUGUGGAAACGAGGGAUUGCCAUCAUGGAUGAAGCUUGCAGGCGAGGAACGAUACAACGACCGACCUCUCGAGACCAACAUCUCUCCGAUCGAUCCCGCAUCCGAACACAUCAAGCGCACCGCAAUCAUCACAUCAUCACUCAAUUAUCGUGAAUAACACAACGUCAGACACACUAACUGCAAUUGACUUAAUCGAGUAUUUCUUGUUAUGACCAUUAACUCCUAUUUUUGCUAUGUAAUAAUAAAAUGCAAACAUUAUACAAACAUUAUUAGAUAGCUUAUUUUAUAUACCUAUAUACCUAUAUACUUAUAUACUUAUAUACCUAUAGAUAUAACCAUACAAUAUGAGCUAUUGUGCAUUACUAUUGGCUGCAAGGCAUGAAAAACAAAGAACUGGUGACCAGUCGUUGUUAAGAUCGAGACUUGGGUAUUUAGGUUUUCAUUUUGACGUAAGGCUAGCUGAUUCAUUAGCAAACA